AUAUAUUAAUAAUCUAUAUGUUAAGACAAAUCAAACAAGAUCACACAUGACUAUAUUUAGGCUUACACAUUGAGAGAAUUUGAUGAGUCAAAGUGCUUAGAUGAACAGUUCCAAAAGUCAAAAGUGGACAAAGAGAGUGGGACGGAAGUAGUACUAUUUAUACCCCACUGCGUUAAAGUUUUAUACUCCGUAUUAUUGUACUUAUAUUUUGAAUCAGUAAAAUUUCUUGAUGUGAAAAUAUUGUACAAACUGCGUCGGUGAAGCUAAUCCCUUAACCAGAGAGAGUAAUUUGAUGGAUAUGUUGCAUUUCAAGAAUCUUUGAGCUUUGGGUUUACCAACUCUCUUGACUUACUCACUCUUUAAGGGGUCACAAACAUGGCUAGGCCACUGCAUAGAGGUUCAUCACUUGGAGGUGGAGGGCGAAGCCCAGGUAACAGUUUGGGCUUUUCGGAUGAUGCCCAGAUGAAGGUUAAGCAGGAGAAAGAAUAUUUUGAUCACAGUCAAUCAGCUACUGAUCAAACUUACCCUUCUGUGAAAUUUAUUUACCGGAUUCUUUCCCUCGACAAAUUGCCCACAAAGAACAGUCCAAGUGAAAAUGGAUUCUUAUCUGAUCCUUUCAGCCCUGGAACAGGACGGAACCGGGUUAAAUUCACAUUGUUUUUGCUCAAGUUAAGCUUAUUUGCCAUAGUCGCGCUUGCUCUUACUGUGUCCUUUUCGUGGACAAUCUCCAUGACAAAGUUGCCCAGAGGUCGGAUAUAUCAGGGAGGGUAUCGGAGGCUUCAAGAGCAAGUAGUGUUGGACUUGAAGGACAUUGGACACUUAUCUCUUGGUUCUUCAAAGCUAAAGGAUCUAGAGUAUUGUCCACCAGAGACUGAGAACUAUGUUCCAUGCUUCAACAUGUCUGAAUCUAUUGAAUCAGAGUUUUCCAAAGGUGAAGGAUUUGAUCGGAGUUGCGAACCUGGGUCCAGAGAGAGCUGCUUGGUUCUUCCACCUGUCAAUUACAAGAUCCCUUUGAGGUGGCCUACAGGAAAGGAUGUUAUUUGGCUUGCAAAUGUCAAAAUCACAGCUCAGGAAGUGCUUUCUUCAGGGAGUAUGACGAAGAGGAUGAUGAUGUUAGAGGAAGAGAAGAUCUCAUUUCGGUCAGAAUCUGCAAUGUUUGACAGUAUUGAGGACUACUCGCAUCAAAUUGCCGGAAUGAUUGGGCUAAGGAAUGAAUCCAACUUUAUACAAGCUGGAGUUAGAGUUAUCUUGGAUAUAGGGUGCGGUUUCGGUAGUUUUGGGGCCCAUCUUUUCUCUAGCAACCUAUUGACAAUGUGCAUCGCAAACUAUGAGGCUUCUGGCAGUCAAGUUCAACUGACACUUGAAAGAGGCCUUCCGGCAAUGAUCGCCUCAUUCACUUCAAAUCAGUUGCCUUACCCAUCUCUUUCAUUUGAUAUGAUACACUGUGCUGAAUGUCAAAUUGACUGGGAUCAAAGAGAUGGUGUACUAUUGGUGGAAGUGGACCGGAUACUCAGACCCGGCGGAUACUUUGUGUGGACAUCAUCGGUCAUGAGUGCCCAACGGUCCCUUCGCAACAAAGAAAACCAAAAGAAGUGGAACACUGUCAGUGGGUUUGCAGAAAACCUCUGUUGGGUGUUGGUGUCACAGCAAGAAAAGACUGCUGUUUGGAAGAAAACCAGCGAAAAGAAAUGUUACCCCGCCAGGAAAUCGGGUUCUGCUCCUCCCCUCUGCAAUAAAGGCCACGAUAUUGAGUCUCCUUAUUAUCGACCACUUGAGCCAUGUGUUGGAGGAACACAAAGCCGCAGAUGGAUUCCAAUUGAAAAAAGGAGUAAAUGGCCUUCUAGGGCCACUUUAACUGCAACUGAACUUAAAAUUUAUGGUUUACAGUCAGAGGAGCUUGCUGAGGAUUCCAUUAAUUGGAGCUCUGCAGUUAACAAUUACUGGUCAUUGCUAUCGCCAUUGAUAUUCUCCGAUCAUCCCAAGAGACCUGGAGAUGAGGACCCUACUCCCCCUUACAACAUGCUUAGAAAUGUGUUAGACAUGAACGCCGGUUUUGGAGGGUUCAAUGCUGCUCUACUGGAAGCCGGGAAGUCAGUGUGGGUCAUGAAUGUGGUCCCCACAAGCGCUCCCAAUCACCUCCCCUUGAUCAUCGACAGGGGCUUUCUCGGCGUUCUACAUGAUUGGUGUGAAGCAUUUCCAACAUAUCCAAGAAGUUACGAUCUUGUUCACGCCGAUGGUCUUCUCACACUUGGGUUUGGUCAAAACAGCAACAACAGAUGUGGGAUGCUAGAUCUCUUCAUUGAAAUUGACCGUAUACUUCGUCCAGAGGGUUGGGUUAUCUUAAGAGACACAAUUCCUCUGAUUGAGUUAGCGAGAGAUCACGCAGCACGGUUGAAAUGGGAUGCCCGAGUCAUAGAGAUCGAAAGGAACAGCGAGGAGAAACUCCUUGUUUGCCAAAAGCCUUUUACAAGAAGACUGGCAAGCUAAAGUAGGAGGAGAAAUCUUUGUAGUAGAAUGGUUAGUUUGUCCAUGUCCAUAUUUAUAUAUAUUUAUUUUUUUUCACAUUUAAAGAUAAAUCGCGAUAAAGUUCCACUAAAAAAUGGUGGGACCCAAAGAUGGAAGAGCAGAAAGAUGUGAGGAAAGGAGUGGGGACGAAACGAAGGGGUCGGUUCCUGCUUAGGACCCGAACGACACCGAUGACUCCUAUGAAGCCGCAAGGCGUUCAUAGGGGCACUACUGUAAUUACACUUGUGUCACCAGAUCAGGCCAGUCAAGAAAGUUUUUUUUCUCAGUUAUAAAACUUUAUAUAUGUUGUUAGAUUGUGAAGAUGUUAAAGAAUAAACAAGAAGAAUGAUUCUUGCCCUAGCUUAUUGUGCUUUCUUUUGCUUCUUUUUCAAAAAAGGUGGAAUUCACUU